UCACUAUUCCAUAUUUCACAUUUCUUUUUUCUCUCUUUCUCCUUUUCCCUCUGUUUUCUCUUCCUUCGCUGUUAUUUCCUUAGCAGCGAAGGUUUUGCCAAACAUGAACGGAAAAGCCUCCGUUUCUAAGGAGCUUCAUGCCAAACACACUAAGAUCUUAGAGGGGCUUCUUAAGCUACCUGACAAUAGAGAAUGUGCAGAUUGUUGGACCAAGGCACCACGAUGGGCUAGCGUAAACUUAGGAAUUUUCAUUUGCAUGCAAUGUUCGGGAAUUCACCGGAGUCUUGGAGUGCAUAUAUCAAAGGUCCGGUCCACGACUUUGGAUACAUGGUUGCCAGAUCAAGUUUCUUUCAUGCAAUUUAUGGGUAAUGUGAAGUCAAAUAAGUAUUGGGAGGCUAAACUUCCACCAAAUUUUGACAGAAAUGGAUAUGGAGUCGAGAAGUUUAUCCGUGCCAAGUAUGUAGAGAAAAGGUGGGCUUUGCAAGGUGAACUGCAUUCAGCUUCAAAGUCAGCUGAAGUGAUAUUUGAGUUCAAAGAGUCACCAGCUACCGAGGCCAAAAGUACUAUUCAGAAAAACAGAAGAUUGUCUCUUGAAGAAAGCAUUCUUGUGAAUCACAUGACACAAAUUCGGCCUCCAAUAGCAAGAUUUCAAGAGGGCCCCUUAGAUUUACAAAUGAAGAUUUCACCACCAAUAAAGAGACCAUCAGCAUCACUUGAUUUUGAUAACUCGGUCAGAAAUAGUAAUGGUAAUGUCGAUCUUUUUGGCCUGCUUUCGACCGAAGAUGAUAAACAGAAUACCUCAACUACACCUCCUACUUGGACAACAUUUGAUUGAAAAGGCAUGUGAGUUGUGUUAGUUCAUAGAUUGUUGAGCUAGCUUUUCGGAUAGAUGCCACAAGAUUACGGUUGCGGACGUUGUUGCGAUGAUGUAGGAACAUCGAGCUGCAUUGGUCUGGUUUGCAGACUAAUUUUUCCAUCAAAGCGGACUUUAGCAGGAUAUAGCUUGAGGUAGACAUUACAAUGAUUUGAUUUGCGUUGUAACAGCUAUUUCUUUAUCCUUUCAAAACUACUGAUUUAGAUGGGAGAAAGGGAUCAAGGAAAUCACUGUUAUUUUUAUUUUCUUCCUUCACAAUGUCACUUCCAAGAAUAUGUGAUUCAAAGAUGUUGUACAUGAAAUAUAUCUCUAAUUAAGUUUCUUGUUAUUUU